UGGUAUUUUAUUUUCUUUUGCUUUAAAACGAUUGAAACAAUGGGCUGCGAUAUUGGAUGUAUCUGCAGCCCCGCACAUGGGUGUGUUGAAUCGGAAAGACUUGGCUUGGCUUGCUAGGAAGAGAGAGAGAGAGAGGGGAUAAAACCCCUGCAGACAGUGCUCACUGGAAGGAAGCUGAAACGCGCCUGAGAAGAAAAGGCGGUGAGAUUGGUCCAGAUAUGGUGGUGCGUUCCAUUAACACCGACGGUGGAAUUUCCGGCGUCCAUGUGGUGGCCAUGCCAUACCCAGGUCAGGGCCACAUCAACCCCAUGAUGAACCUCUGCAAGCGGCUAGCGUCCUUUGGCGACCUCCUCAUCACCUUCGUCGUCACCGAGGAGUGGCUCAGCUUCAUCCUCUCCUCCGCCGGCUCCGCCACUCCACCAUCAAACCUCCGCCUCCGCUCCCUUCCCAACGUCAUACCCUCCGAGAGGGCACGAGCCGAUGAUUUCCCCGCCUUCGUUGAGGCCGUCUACACCAAGAUGGAGGAGCCCUUCGAGCGGCUGCUGGACCAGCUCGAGCCGGCGGUCUCAGCGAUUGUGGCCGAUUCCUACCUCCCUUGGGCCGUCGCCGUGGGCAACCGGAGGGACAUCCCGGUGGCUUCUCUGUGGCCGAUGGCAGCGUCCGUCUUCUCCAUGUUGUACCACUCGGACGUGGUGGCGGAGCACCACCCUUUCCCCAUACCCAUCUCAGAGGUUGGAAAAGAGUAUGUUGAUUACAUUCCAGGGGUCCCCAGAAUCCGCCUGGCCGACCUUCCCACAAUGUUCCAUUCGAGCACGGCAGUCGACCUCAUGCGCUGGAUCAAGGAGAGUUUCAAGAUGGUGCCGAAAGCAACAUGGCUGCUGCUGAAUUCGUGCGAGGAACUGGAGGCCUCCGCCGUCGACGCCAUACGGUCGCUCUUGCCCUCCAGAGUCCACCCCAUCCGUCCCUUCACACUCCCACCAAGUCCGUCUCAAGAGAAGGCGGGCUUCGUCGCCAGUUACAGGGCCGAGGUCGACUGCUCCGCCUGGCUCGACGGUCGCCCUCCCAACUCCGUCCUCUACGUCUCGCUGGGCAGCUUCAUGUCGGUCUCCGCCCCUCAGGUGGUGGAGAUAGCGUUCGGCCUCCGGGCAAGCGGGUGCCCUUUUCUGUGGAUCGCGCGCGAGCAGGACUGGCUGGCGAAGGAGGAUUUCGACGGCAAGGGCCUGGUGGUGCCCUGGUGCCGGCAGAUGAAUGUACUCUCUCAUCCCUCCGUCGGCGGCUUCUUCACCCACUGCGGCUGGAACUCCACCACCGAGGGCAUAUCUGCCGGCGUGCCCUUCCUCACUUUUCCCAUUGCGGCAGACCAAACGUGCAACAGCAAGAUGAUAGUAGAGGAUUGGAAGAUCGGGCUGAGGGUGAGAGGGAGCAACAUGGGCAGCUGCGACGACGAGUUGGUUGGGAGGGAGAAAAUAGCGGAGAUGGUGAGGGAGGUGAUGGAUUUGGAUAGGAAGAGCAGCAAGGAAAUGAGGAGGAGAGGCAGGGAGCUCAGGGAAGCAUUGAACAGGGCAGGCCAGAGAGGUGGCUCUUCGGAUGUCUCCUUUGAUUGGUUCCUCAACCAAGUCAAGGCCAAGAGACGCGCAGCCGAUCUUCGUCUUCCUGUCUGAUGUAUUGUAAAAAAGAUCAAUGCAGGUUGUCCAGAAACAGGUCUAUAAACCAGAGCAGGAUUGGAGAACCUGAACAUUUUUAUUUUUCAACACUCGUUACAAUAACGCUUAUUUAUAGUUACAAAAAAGGAAUUAAGGAAAUAAUUUCACAUUCUUGAA